AUGGCGAGCCAGACACAGGGGAUCCAACAGUUAUUGGCAGCUGAGAAACGGGCCGCUGAAAAGGUCUCCGAGGCGAGGAAGCGAAAGGCAAAACGCCUAAAGCAGGCCAAGGAAGAGGCACAAGAUGAGGUUGAGAAGUACAGACAGGAACGUGAAAGGCAAUUCAAAGAGUUUGAAGCCAAGCACAUGGGCACAAGGGAAGGGGUUGCUGCUAAGAUUGAUGCCGAAACAAAGGUGAAGAUUGAAGAGAUGAACAAAAUGGUCAAAAUGCAGCAGGAAGCUGUGAUCAAAGACAUCCUUGGCCUUGUGUAUGACAUCAAGCCUGAGCUCCACGUCAACUACCGCAUA